AUGUCAAACACAUCUUUUGAGGCUACACUUAAAAUCCGCACAAGUCCUAUAGAACAGUUAUCUGACACUGAUACAUGUAUAAGGUUUACUCUGGACUUCCUUCAGAGAAUUAAUCUAGCGAGAAAAUCGUAAUUACUAUUUAGACAAGGGAACCCACUUCUUUAUCUCGAUGAAAAUUGUUGCUCAGCUUGCUCAGAAUCAAUGAUAAGACUUGGGAAUUUAGACACACUUUUGCUUGCAAGUAAUGUAGUUGGAACAGAUUUCAAACAUAUCGCCCUAGAUGGGACCUUUGAUGUCGCGAUGUCUCAUAAUAUUACUCUAUUUAUAUCAAUAUUAAGAUUAUUUUUUUAUUAAAAAAAUAUUUUUUUAAAAAAUUAAUCUGAGGAGUUAACAGAGCAGUCUAUGACAAUUUCAAUCGAUUAGUCGAAACGAUUGAUCAAAACUCUCAAAGAAUCCUGAAUGAUCCAUAUUUUACCCAUAUUGGCAUUUAUGCUAACUCUCUCAUUCUUAAUCGACCGAUUCCAUAGGAAAAAAGAAAAAUUAGCUUGAUCUAACGAUUUUCAUCAAGUCAAGCAUGAAGCCAUUCCAAUGCCUUUCUCAAAUCUAAAUACCUAUUUUUGAUGACAACGAAUCUUAAAGAUCAUACCAUAUAAUCGCUUAACGCAAUUUUUAUUUAAUUUUUAGCAUAUUUGCUAAUAAAAUUUUAUAUAUUUACUUAUUAAUGCUAACAUAUAAAAUAUUUUAUAUGAAAAUUAAUAAAAUUUUCAAGUUAAUGGAAAUUUAGAUAGUGUAUAAUUUUAGUGAAUUUUCAUUAUCUGAAUCUCCCGAGACGAUCGCAAAUUUAUUUUUACCAGCUUAUGCUGGCGAAACUAGUCCUUGAAUUGGCAAAUCCACAAUUAUACCAGAUUUUAAAUUCAUGCGUUGAGAAAAUCAAUCCCCUUGCCGUGUGAUCCUUUGCUCGGAAACUCUAUAUAUAAUUAUUUUCCAGAAUUUGUAAACUUAUAUCCUUGAUCAAACAAUGGUAAAAGGUUCGACCAAGGUAGAAGAAGUAAGAGAUCUUACUCAUGUUUCAAACUCGUUAUAGUUGUUUUCAAAAAUGAUGUAUGAAUCCACCAUGCCAAGCACGAUAUAGAAGAAGGGUAUCACAUUACAGGAAAACUGCUUAACCACCAAGUUAUCCUUUGCUGUUUAAUAAUUAAAGACCUAAAAGAAGGAUCAAAACCAACACUUGCAGGCCCAAAAAGAAUUAAAUAUAAUUAUGAUACUUUGGAGUUCGAAUUCACCAUUCCAAGGGUAAUCAUUGCUCAAAGAAGCCUUGGCGAGCGAAAUUUGGAAUUUUAUGCUUGCCAAGACCAGAGGCAGAUUAAUUAUGGCCAAGGCCAAGAUCUACAACAAAUUCCUGAUGGGCUGAUACCUUUGCAUAAGAUGGCUUUUAGUGGGCUUUGGGAAUCGAAUAUCAUGUUUGAAUUGAGGAACCCAGAAGAUUCAGUUUUUGUACUGAAUGAGUAUGAGUCGAAAUCUCAGAAAAAUGUCAUGGUGUUUUCUGGGAAUGACUUCAAAAAGUCUGCAUUGGUGACUGGCAGAGGGAGAGGAAGAGGGAUCACAAGGCAAACUGUAGGAAUUAAUCUAAAUGUUUUUGAAUAAUCAUAAUUUUAUGGUGGGGUUUUAUAUUUUGAAAAAAUUAAAGAGUGAAGAUUUAUGGAAAAUUAAUAUAGAAAUUCGUGGGGAAGAGGAGCUGGGACACCUUUUAAAGGAAUUGAUACCAAUUUGCCUAGUGUUCCUGAGCUUCCAAGUGGAAAUAUGGAUAGAAAUGACAGUUAUUCAAGAACUGCCGGAGGUUAUGGAAACACUGGAAAUGGGUAUAGCAGCAGUGGAUAUGGAAACACAGGAAGCAGCUACGGAAAUAGGCAAGUUUCUACAAACAGUUGGGAAAAUCAGCCAAUUGCUAGCAGCGGGUCUUAUAUGAGUAUAUCUUCAACCAACAGCUACAACAGAAAUAAAGAAAACAGUUAUUCCAAUAACAGAGCUCCUAAUGAUCCUAUUUUACCAAGCGCUUCUAGACCUGAAAAUCGAGAUGUUCCUCAAGUUUUCAAUUUUGGAGAUAACCCAUUUUCUACUCAAAACUCUGUGUCUAACCCUUUUAGCUUAUCAAAUCCUUUUAGCCAGACUAGCAAUCAUAACUAUAGAUCAAGCGCUCCAAUGGUAAACUCUUCAACUCCUUAUUCCCAACCUAUCUCUAACCAAAUAAUUUCAACUCCUACAAACCCAUUAAGCUCUUAUUCGAUAAGCCAGCCUCAAGCUUAUAUAAAUAAUUACCAGCCCCAAUUUCCUAUACAGACAAACCCUAUUAUUUCUCCAAUUCAGAACCAAACUCCUAUGUAUCAGCAGCCAACUCUGUAUGCCUAUCCUCAACAAAUAAUUACUCAGCAAUUACCUCAACAAUAUAUGCCCCAAUUUCCACAGUCUCCAGGACCAAAUUUCUAUCAACCAAACCAGUUUUUUAGCAGCCAAAGAAUUGUUCAGCCCGGCUGCCAUUUCGCGAGUCCUCAAUUAGCUCAUAUGAUAAAUAACAUUCCUCCAGGGACCCCUAAUGUUUUCCAAAACCCAGGCCAGCCUACACAGGUGUUUUCUGCAAGCAAUAUACUCCAAAACGGUUUUGGGCAGCCAUCCGCACAAGGCAUUUUUGGGAAUUCACAAAAAAGCUCUUUAGGGUCUACAUUUAACAAACCUCUUGAUAAGCUAAAUCAACAGCUCAAAGCAAUUUCACAAAAACCUAAAGAAAUCGAAAAUAUAGAAAACCCUGACCUAGUUAAUAUUCCUGCCUUAAUCUUGCCAAUUCCUAAAGGACUAUUAGAAGAUAUCAGGAAAAUCCAGCCUGAAAAUACUUCUUAUAAAACUUUAUAUCAAACUAUGGAAUAUUCUGAUGUCCUUAUCAGAGUAAAAGAAACCGAUAUUAAAGCGCAUAAAGCUGUUUUAUACUCUGCAAGCCCUUUUUUUAGGGAUUAUUUAGAUAGACUGAAAGGGAUCCCAUCAUCUAUCCAUGUGGCCAAAAUUAUUAUGCCUACUUGGUUUUCAGUAGAACCAUUUAAAAUUGUAUUGAAAUUUAUGUACAGCUGCGACAUCGAAAAAGAGUUGAUUAACUUGGCAACUGCUAAAGAAAUUCUGCAAAUUGCUGACCAUUUAGACCUCAUAGAGCUUGUAAGAGUAAUUAUUGUGAAAUUUGUAAUUGUGCAGCUCACAAAAGAUGAUGUUCUUGGGCUGCUGCAAUUAGCUGGCUCCAGAGGAAAAGAUACAAAGGAUGAAGCAUGGGAUUAUUUAAUGGACUCCUGCGCAAUGUUUGCUGCUCAACAUUCUAAUUGGCUAGUAAGAAACAGAAGAGCUGAGUGCUUAGGGCUUCCAUUAAGUUCAUUAAUGAGAAUGAUUGAAUUUGCUAUGGGCUGCUGUGUUUCUAAAGAGCACAUUGCACUAGUUUUAAAGCUCCUAACUGAUAUCAGAUAUGCUGAUGAUAUUUUUGCUUUAGCAACAAAAAUCAGCGCUUUGUAUAUGAUAGGGUAUACAGAUAGCACCUUACUCCCCUUUUAAUUUCCAUUUUUGGGUUUCUUUAAAUUGGAACAAUUUUUUUUUAUAGGAAAAUUUUAACGAUGAAAAUAUUAAUUUUAUAAAAUCACUUUAGACCUCAUUUAAUAGAUAAAAAUGCUAUUUAAGCAGUCUUUACACUGAAUCGAUUAAGUUUUAUUUAAUUCUUCAUAAAAAUAAAUGAAAAUACAAAGUAUUGUGGUCAAUUUAUAUUUUUUAAAAAGUUUUAUAAAAAAUUAAAGAUGAAAAUCCAUAUUUUUAUAAAUUAAUUUUGACCUAAUUUUAUAAAAACUUAAGUCGAAUGCUAUUUCAAUCUUUUUAAUACUGAUCGAUUAACUUUUUUAUUCAAUUUUUUUUUAAUAAAAAUAAAAUAAAAUUCAGAGUAUUGUGCUCAUAUUAUUUAAAAAUUUAAAAAAUUUUUUAUAGAGUAUAAAUUUUUUUUAAAAUAAAUUAAUCCCUUUAAAUUGGAACAGGAUUUUUUGUGUUCCAAUUUAAAGGGGACGGAGUUAGACAUCAGGAUGGUUGACUUUGUCAAACCUUUUACAAAAGAACAGCUAGGAAAACUAGAUGAAAGUAUGGCUAUGGAAUAUGCAAUUCUUGAAGAGAACGCGCCUUAUUAUCUUACUUUUGUAAGACAUACACCAGUUCCUCCACCACAGCUUCCUGAGUCUAUUAACUUAAUAAAUGCUCCAUCAAGUAACCCUCUUUCAGUGCAACCAUCAUCCUCAUAUCAAAAUCUGCCUCCUCAAAUGAACAAGGAGCCUACCAAAAUAACAAGCUCAUAUACUCAAAAUAUCGCCCCAAUCGCAACCUGCAUUUUUGACCCAAAAAAUCUUCGCGCACGCAAAACCCCUAUUUUUUCUUUUUCAGUCCCUGAAAUAAACCGCUCUCGCAAUGUAAUGUCAAGAUGUUUUACCUUUGCAAACAGAAAAUGGUCAGUCUUGGUAAGCACCUGCCCAGAUGGAUUUACAUCGUUAUUUUUAUGUGAAAGAGGCCCAGCUGACACUGAGUCAAAAUUCAUGUCAUUAUUAUUUACUUCAGUGCUUUUUGAACUAGAGAUAGAUGACCAAGCUUUAAGAGAAACCAAUAGGGUUGGUAACCAAAGCAUGGCUUCCUGCUGUUUUUAUAGUUUCCCUAACGAUCAUUAUCAUAUAGCGGGCGAAAGAAAAUACUGCAAAACUUCUACAUUAAAAAACCAAGAAAGCGCCAUAGUUAAUGUAUAUAUGAGAAUCGCUGGAAUUCAUUCAGGAAUAAUGCAUUAUUUAACUGAAAAUUUCAGUACACUUAUAGUGAAAGACUAUAAGAGUUUUAGAGACAUGAGUUUUUAUAACAUGAAAUAUAUAUUAUCACAUGAUGCAUUAGCAGUCAAAGAUGAGCAUGAAGCAGCUGGGGCGUUAUGGAAAUACGCAGCAUCAAGGGAACCUGAAGUUAUCAAUAUCAUGGUCCCUGAGAUCAGGUACCAGUUUUUAAGCAUGAAAGAUUUAUUGACCCUUGCAAGAGAUCAUAGAGCUAUCAGAAAUGCUGCUAAUUUUGGAUAUAUUUUUAAGCAAGAAUAUUAUAGGAGAACUGCUGGAAAACCUAUAACAGAGAAACCAAGAAAUAAUUAUGUCAAUACUUUGGAGGAUUUCAUGAAAAUUGAUCACAAUGAAAGUAUUAUUGACUGGAUUUUGCAUAGCAACCACCAUGAAGGGUAUGAAGACAAGCUUGCUCAGGUAAAAAAACAGUAUGAAGAAGAAAAGGCCAUGAAUGAUAAAAGAAGAGCUGAGCUGAAUGCAAAAAAGCAUGAGCUUUAUAUUGAAAAUGAUAAAUUGGCACAAGAGUUGAGGAAAACAAGAGUAGAAGAAAGGAGGAUUGGACAUGUGAUAAAUGAUUUACCAAAAGCAGAGGUGGAUUUGAGAAGUUCAAGACAGAAUUAUGAGAUUUAUGAUGCUGGAAGAUCAGAGUGUGCUAUUAUGUAG